CCGAAUCGGAGUUGUUCAUUUCAGUUCAUUUCUUCACUUAGAAGAGAAUAUGUGUUGUUGCUUGGAUUUACUAAAUUUUUGUGCACUUUUAUUUUCGAAAAAAUAAUAUAAAUGGAAGAGCCAUGCAUCUUAACAGAACUGAUAUGUUGGUAACAUUGGUGUAACCGUUUAGAGAGGUUUCGUAGAUUUCUACGUGUUCUGCUAAACAGCACUCAUAUUAUAAAUAUUGCCGAUUAGAAGCUUGUUAACUUUUGAUUUUACAGUAUAGUGAUUCAUCACUGAAGAUUGUAUGUUUGGCGCAUUUUGAAACCUGAUACCCUUUGGAUACUGAUAUGGAUCACGUGUCUUAUAUCUUAUUCAACUAGAACAUGAUAAGUAAUGAAUUUUUAGAAGAUUUAGACACUUACUUAUCCGAACAUAGUUACAUUACUGGUUAUGAACCAAGUGAAAAUGAUAUUUUAAUUUUUGGCCUCAUGCCAAAGGAAUUAAUCACAAAAUUUUGUAACUUAAGUAGAUGGUAUAGGCAUAUUAGUUCUUUUAGUAACUCCAAACACAUAUUUACGAAACCUCCCAACUUAAAUCCUUCCUUUGAAUUUUCCAGAUAUAUCCAAAAAAUGAGUGCAGUUGAAGCAAAAGUACAGACUAACAAGGUGUCCAAAAAGGAUAAAAAAUCUGAAAGAGUUUCAGAACUUAAUCCUUGGCCUUCAUACAUUGAAGAGAGAAUUCAGUUAUGGAACAAAUUCAAGGAAAAAUAUGAAGAAGAACUUAAAAACAAAACAAAUGAAGAUAUUAGUAUUACUCUCCCAGAUGGAAAAGUUAUUGAAGGAAGUUCCUGGAAAACAACCCCUUAUGAUGUUGCCUCACAAAUAAGUAAGGGUUUAGCAGAUAACACCGUAAUUGCUAAGGUAAAUGGAGUAUUAUGGGAUUUGGACAGGCCUUUAGAAUUUAGUUGUCGGCUCCAGCUGCUGAAGUUUGAUGAUCCUGAAGCUCAAGCUGUCUUCUGGCAUUCCUCUGCCCAUGUGUUAGGUGAAGCUAUGGAAAGAGUUUACGAUGGUUGCCUGUGCUAUGGACCUCCAAUUGAUUCUGGUUUUUAUUAUGACAUGCAUACACCUGAGCAACAGGUUAGUAAUCUUGAUUAUCCUGUUAUAGAAAACAUUAUGAAGUCAAUUGUGAAAGAGAAACAAGCAUUUGAAAGAUUAGAGCUUUCUAAAGAAGAUCUUUUAGAAAUGUUUAAAUAUAAUCAAUUUAAGGUCAGGAUUUUAAAGGAAAAGGUGGAUUCACCAACUACUACUGUUUACCGCUGCGGUUCUUUAAUUGAUCUUUGUCGUGGACCCCAUGUCAGGAAUACUGGAAAAAUUAAAUCACUUAAACUUACAAAAAGUUCCUCCACUUAUUGGGAAGGCAAAGCUGAUGCUGAAUCUCUUCAAAGAAUUUAUGGUAUAUCUUUUCCUGAUAACAAGCAAAUGAAGGAAUGGGAAAAAUUCCAAGAGGAAGCAGCCAAACGUGAUCAUAGAAAAAUAGGUAGAGAGCAAGAGUUAUUUUUUUUUCAUGAAUUAAGCCCUGGGUCAUGUUUCUUUCAACCUAAAGGUGCCCAUAUUUAUAAUGCAUUAAUUGAAUUUAUACGUUCUGAGUAUAGAAAACGUGGCUUUCAGGAAGUUGUUUCUCCUAAUAUAUACAAUGUGAAAUUGUGGCAAACAUCUGGUCAUUGGCAACAUUAUGCAGAUAAUAUGUUUUCUUUUGAUAUAGAAAAAGAGCAAUUUGCUUUAAAACCAAUGAAUUGCCCAGGUCAUUGUCUUAUUUUUGAUCAUCAUAUAAGGUCAUGGAGGGAUUUACCUUUGAGGAUGGCAGAUUUUGGAGUACUACAUCGCAAUGAACUUUCUGGAGCACUUUCAGGUCUUACGAGGGUAAGGCGGUUUCAGCAAGAUGAUGCUCAUAUAUUUUGCACUGUUGAUCAGAUCGGGCAAGAAAUGACUCAGGCGUUAGAAUUUCUUAAACAUGUAUAUUCCAUAUUUGGAUUUACAUUUCAGCUUGUACUUUCAACUAGACCAGAAGGCUAUCUUGGUGAAUUAUCUGUUUGGGAUGAAGCUGAAAAGCAAUUGGCCAAAAGUUUAGAUGAUUUUGGACAGCCUUGGAAAGAGAAUCCUGGUGAUGGAGCUUUUUAUGGUCCGAAAAUUGAUAUUACUAUACAAGAUGCUCUUCGCAGAUCACAUCAAACUGCUACAAUACAGCUUGAUUUUCAAUUACCUAUUCGAUUUAAUUUAAAUUAUAUUGGAGAAAAUGGAGAUAAAAUUAGGCCAGUUAUGAUUCAUAGAGCCAUUCUUGGAUCAGUUGAAAGAAUGAUAGCAAUUCUUACUGAAUCCUAUGCAGGAAAAUGGCCAUUUUGGAUUUCUCCUAACCAAAUAAUGAUUGUUCCUGUAGCAGCUCCAUUUGAUGAUUAUGCCUACCAAGUUAAAAAAGUUUUGUAUGAUGCAGGAUUUAACUGUGAAUGUGAUUGUGAUACUGGAGAUACCAUGAAUAAGAAAAUACGAAAUGCACAAUUAGCUCAGUAUAACUUUAUAUUAGUGGUGGGCGAGAAAGAAAAAAACAGCAAUACUGUUAAUAUUCGUACUCGUGAUAAUGUUGUUCAUGGUGAGAUGACCUUAACAACUUUGGUUGAAAAACUUACCAAACUUAAAACUUGUCGGGCAUUGAAUAAUGAUGAUGUUUUUUAGAAAAUUUAUUUCCAUUGCCCCAUUGAUGUUCUGUCAACAGAAAAAAUCAUUGGUCUUGGCCAAUUACAUCAUUAUUAAGGCAUCAAAUUAAAACCUGUCUUGAUUUUAAAAGAAUAAAGUGUUUUUAUGUUUUUUUAAAAUUUUGUAAUUAUUUCCUAUUUCAAUUUAAACUACUUAUGGAAAUCUAGAUUCAGUUAAUUUUAUUAAUUUCAUAUUAUUUAUUUAAAUUAGACUUUUUGUUAUAAAAAAAAUAAAUCUUUAUGACU